AUGGUUGAAGAAACAUAUAACAAUAGUGAUACUGAAUUAAAACAAGAUUCAAACCAAAAAAAAAUUAAAUUAAAAAAACCUGUGGAGAAAGUAAAGUUAGAAGUUGGAUUUGGAAAUAUUUUAAAUCUAACUAUAAAGAUAGAAAUAACUAAACAAACUGAGCAAAAAGUUAAUCCUUGUCGACUUUUAGAAUUAAAAGAUUAUAUUCGUAUACUUGAAGCUAAUUUGGCUGAGAAAGUUGAUCAGAAUUCUAAAAAGGAUUCUCAACAGCUAUCUAAAAUAAUGUUAACAAAUAAUGAAUAG